AUGCAUCGACUUUUUGCUGAGCUGGAGCCAUCUGUAACCGUCACCGAGCAAAACCUGGCAGACCGAGUUCGGUAUAUCUUGCGCUCAAAUACAUUUGAUGUCACCGAACUCGAACGGCUACGACGUGAGGCUGUUCCUUCAUCGGGUGAAAAUGCUGCGGCUGAGGAUGCGGCGCCACAACUUGCUGAGCAAACGGCAAAUGUGGAUGCCGCCGUGAAUACGCCAGUUGUGGUUGAUUCAAACGAUGAUGGAACAGUCUUCCAGGAACUGGAACUAGAGCAAAUGGGGAGUACAUUGGAGGAGGCGAUUGUGGAAACGCGCAGUACGCCUCUCGAAACUCGACCGCGACUUCCCCGCUUAGCCCUAAGCAAGCGGAAUCGGGCUGUCGUGAGGGCUCUGAACCCAAUGCUGGUUACAUAUGUGGAAGCCAGCCGGGACCUUUGCGAGACGGACUCAAUUCUUUUUGGCGCCGCACUGGCAGUCUGCCGUAUUAUAGGCGCCAAACUUUCUACGGCUGGACGCGCUACUGGACAAAGUAGUGCUAUCCCAGCCUGGAGAAUAAAAAUUGAAGAACGUAUCGCAAAGGCUAGGGCCCUCAUCGGCAGACUGAUAUGCUUCAGGUCAGGCAAUACCAGGCCAAGGAUUGUGCGCACCGUCAUGAUGGCGUUUGCUGGGACAAAUGUUAGUUUAUCCCAGCCGGAUAUAAUGCAAAAACUGACGGACUAUAGACGACCUGAAGCAAAGAAUAGCUGCUUGGGGAAAGCGGAUUCAGCGAUAUACCGAGCGGUCGACACGGUUCAACAAGAAUCGUCUUUUCCAGAGUGA